AUGUCGACGCGACGAGCUGCCUUGUCUCUCUACCGCCGCUCGCUGAAGCUGGCGUUGGAUUGGGCUGUCCACCGACACCUGUGGCGGGGCCAGGCUCUGUAUAUUCGCUCACUCUUCGAGGCCAACCGAAAUGUCACCGAUCCUCGGCACCAAAGAGCCUUAUUAAGUGAAACAGAGAAGCUGCUAGAGAGCUGGAAACACCCCGACCCUUACACCCCUCCGACAGCUCCUGGAGGUUCCAAGUUCGAGCGAAACCUUCCAUCGCCUGUUCUCGACCCUCCCCCACACCCCGUCAACCGACAUUAA